GAGAGAGAGAGAGAGAGGCCGCCGGGUACAGACCGGAGGUUACCACAGGACACUGUUGCCUGUAUCGCUGCUGGACCCUCAACAACUAGCAACAAGAGGCGCACAAACCCCGACUGUCUCGGAUUCUCCUCGACGUACCUCACCGCCGGCAAUUUUACCUGAUAUUAUUCUGAUAUUCUGCUACUUGGACACAGAGCGGCAACUUCAGAGUCAUAUGACAGCGCGUAUUCAGCAUUAAUGUGUCGGGACUGUAUGUUUUUCUGUUGUGGACGCUUGGACUCUGUGAACCGGAGCGACCGGAGCAGCGCGUUUUCACCGACUGGACCCCUUUACUUUUCGGUGUGAGACACAUUCAUUUACGGCAUGCACGGGUUUAACGACAAACACUGCUGGUUGUCAUAUUAAGGAAUAGACUGUCUACAAAAUGUACUGUUCGCCUGGCUGGCUACAAGGAACAGCUAGCGAUAGAAACAGUUUAGCUACUCUGUAAACGCAGAGGAAAGGCUGGUAACGAUACCGACGUAAAACCUGUACAGAACAGAGGAGACGCCACAUGUGUGUCGGAGUAGUAAUGUAACGCCACACUGUUUCCUUUUUGUGGUUGUUCUCUUUUUACAAUUUGUGCUACAAAGUAACGAGGGCUCGAACUCCUUCAGUACAACAGUUAAGUUUGUGGCACUUGUAGCAUUGUGACUGAAAAAAAAGACGGCAAAGAAGACGACAACGUGUAUUUUGUCAUCUAAACUAGCUCCGUUCGUGCUAAACGACAUAACGGAAGGCAAAGUUUGACAGCAAGCUGUGCUGCUCCAAGGGCUGAAAGGUCACAGCGACCGGUCAUCCCUCGUUCUCUCUCCUCCUCCUCCUCCUCCUCCUCCUCUUCCCAUCAGUCUGUUAUGAAGAUGUGAACUCUUCCCUCCCUCCCCUUCCUCUUUCUCUCUUCGCCGUCCAGGACGCUUUGAUCUUUUUUUUUCUCUGUUUGGUACAAAGAGAUCAAACGCGCCUCCCGGGGAUGUACGAAAGCGUGGAUGUUGUGGGUUUGAGCCCCAGCCCCAGCAGCCCCAGCCCCGGCUCUUUUCUGAGCAUGGACUACUACCACAGACCCCCGGGGCUCGGGCCGGAGAAGGGACUCCUGUCCGGUGUAGGAGGACUCCAGCGGCCGUUCGGAGGGUCCUUGGUGACCGGCAGGCACUGGAGCGGAUCCAGCCACUCAAUAGAGACUGAGAGCACGAGUUCGGGGGAGGACCUGCUGGUCCCCAGCCCCCCCUCACCACCACCUCCACCCCGUGUCUACAAGCCCUGCUUUGUAUGUCAGGACAAAUCUUCAGGAUACCACUAUGGAGUCAGCGCCUGCGAGGGCUGCAAGGGUUUCUUUCGGAGGAGCAUCCAGAAGAACAUGGUGUACACAUGUCACCGAGACAAAGUCUGUGUCAUAAACAAAGUGACGAGGAACAGGUGUCAGUCCUGUCGACUGCAGAAAUGCCUCGACGUCGGCAUGUCCAAGGAGUUGGUGCGUAACGACAGAACGAAGAAGAAGAAGGAAGAGAAGAGGCAGGUGGAGGCAGAGGUCUACGUCCUGUCAGCAGACACAGAGCAGAUGAUUGAGCGUGUUCGCCGAGCGCAUCAGGACACCUUUCCCUCCCUCUGUCAGCUGGGAAAAUACACCACGAACAACAGCGCAGAGCAUCGUGUGGCUCUGGAUGUUAGUCUUUGGGACAAGUUCAGUGAACUCUCCACCAAAUGCAUCAUUAAGACAGUGGAGUUUGCCAAACAGCUGCCCGGCUUCACGACAUUAACCAUCGCUGAUCAGAUCACCCUGCUCAAAGCCGCCUGCCUCGACAUACUGAUUCUGAGGAUCUGUACUCGCUACACCCCAGACCAGGACACCAUGACCUUCUCAGACGGUUUGACUCUGAACCGCACCCAGAUGCACAAUGCCGGGUUCGGGCCGCUCACGGAUCUGGUGUUCUCCUUCGCCAACCAGCUUCUCCCACUGGAGAUGGAUGAUGCAGAGACAGGAUUACUCAGCGCCAUCUGCCUGCUUUGUGGAGACCGUCAGGAUCUGGAGGAGUCAGAGAAAGUGGAUGUUCUUCAGGAACCAAUGCUCGAAGCCUUGAAGAUCUAUGUGAGGAGAAGGAGACCUGAGAAACCCUGUAUGUUCCCCAAGAUACUGAUGAAGAUUACUGACCUCAGGAGCAUCAGUGUGAAGGGAGCAGAGCGAGUGAUCACACUGAAAAUGGAGAUUCCCGGCUCCAUGCCUCCUCUCAUCCAGGAGAUGCUGGAGAACUCUGAGGGACUGGAGGGGCACGGAGCCGGGGGAGGGAAAGGAGGAGGAAAAGGAAGAGGAGGAGGAGGAGGAAGCAAAGAAGAGGAUGAAGCAGUGCCAGGAAGCUGUCAUCCAUAUCCGUCCCCCAAAUCUGUUCCCUCUCCCAGCCCGAGCCCCGUGCCCUGCUCUCCCUCUCCCUCCCCUUCCACCUGAAGCUCUCACUCACUCAGCACCUCUGCUCCACACAGCACCACCCGGUGGGCACGAUGUGGUACUGCAAGAAAACCAUCCACACAGCAGACUGACAGAGAAUGAAAGCAGAAAAAAACUGCACCUAAAUAACAGAUAAUCUGGAGGACAAACAGAACAGUAGUGUGACUCAUCUCUGGAGUCUGAAUGUCUGAAUCCAUAAACUCUCUGGGUUGAUUUUACUGGUAACAUGUGGAUGUCCACAACAUCAAUUAAACCGUAUGCAUGCCAGGAGGAAGGCUAAAUAUCUUUAUACAAGUGCUGCAGAUAGGAUGUGUGACGAUGAAUGAGAGCAGGUAGCUUAAACCGUGCUGCUCAUUGUUGACAUGUCAUGGUUUUAUACAUUAAAUGCAAAAAAACGUGAUUUCACAUUUUUUAAAAAUCUUUUUAUAAUGCCUAAAAGGUUAAUUAUAUGCAGAAUCUGGCUUUAUUUUUGUCAAACAUAAAGUUAUCAGUGACAUUACCCCACUUUGUUUAGUUAUUUUAGACAAAUUUUGUUUGUUUGUGACAAAAACCCGCCGUAUAUGGACAGAAGAGUCCAGUGAUAUUUAGCUGUACCUACCUGUGUCUUACUGGUCAGAAUCCCAUUGACCUCUCAGUAACAAGACUAGAAAGCUCAGUCCGGGGGAGGUUUACAAUCUGACCUGCAAAGUGUGUGAAGCGAAAUGAAGGAUCACGUUGACAGAUUGAAGGUUGAUGAUUCCUCUUGUACAUUUCUUCCCUUAUGAAAAGUCAUGUAUAGUAUGCUAAAUCAUUAUGUGUAAUAUAUUGUAUAUAAAAAAGGCUGUGAAAUAAGUUGUUGGACUGAGACGGGCUGAUAGAAGAAGUUAUUUUCCUAAAUGUACAUGUGUAUAUACUGUAUUUCCCUUUUGCAGCUGACCCUGUAAAGACUUCAUCCCCAACCCCCCCUCCCCCCCCACACACACACACACACACCGCCUUCUCCUUUCUUUCCCCUCACAGACACAUCAGGGAAAAAUAAUAAUCCUUCACUCCAUUUUCAUUACCUGGAAUCAAUCACAGAAAUGUAAACGUUAAUUGGAGAUUUUUUUAUAGCUUAAAGUAAAUGUAUUUCUCUGUGUAUCACUUUGUAAGAAUAGAUGUAGUUGAGUCAUUUUGAGAUGCAGCUCCAGCAACUCAAACAACCUCAACAAACUGUGAAACAUAGCAAAUUAUUCAUUUCAAAGUAAUGCAUUGUCUGCCUAUUGGUGGACAAUUUCAACCAAAGCAAACUGUGAUUCCAGGAGUGCAAACACCCCUCACUGGGUGUUCUCAUCUGGUAACAACCCCCCACCCCCCAUAUGUGUCACUAGAGCCUGCAGAUUUACUCUAUGGUUUAAUGAAGAUAAUGUGGAAAUCUCUUGAGCUUCAUCAGUGACGACAGCUGCUGCCAAAACGUGUCUCAAAAUGUUCAAGCUGUAUUUUGUUUUUACAGUCUACACCACUUACUGUCAUAGUCUGUUUACACAGUGCCACUGCCUCACUACAACAUCUCUACUGUCAGGUACAAUCUUGCAACUCCAAUUUCAGUGUUGUCUUCUUUAAUGUAUGGCAAGGUUUAAACUCAUUGGAAAGUAUAAAAAAAAAUACAGGGAAUUCAAUAAAGAAGUAUGAUUUUCUUCUU